AUGGAUCCCGAUGCCCCUCCACAACCCCACGACUGGCCCUCAAUCUGGCGCUGGGUCCUCGGCUUCCUAAUCGUCGGCGCAUGCUGGGGUUUCACAACCCCUUUCAUGAGACGAGCCGCCGUGGAACGAGACAAGAAGCCGCAACCGCCGAGACCAUACCUCACCGAUCCGAACGUCUCGUGGUUGAAGAAGAAGUUCUGGGGCAUUGUGUAUGCGGUCUUCGAUCUCUUGCGGAAUCCGAGUUAUGCGGUGCCUUUGCUUUUGAAUGUUACGGGGAGUGUGUGGUUCUUUUUGUUAAUUGGGCAGGCGGAACUGAGUCUUACGGUGCCUAUUACUAACUCUUUGGCCUUCCUUUUUACGGUGUUGGGAGAGUGGUGGGCGGAAGGGAAGACCAUUUCACGAGACACGUGGAUCGGAAUGGCACUUGUAUUGGGCGGCAUUGCUCUAUGUGUCCAAUCGAAGACGGCAUCUUGA